AUGGCGUUCAACGGCAAACGAAACCCUUGGGAGCGAGAUUCCAGUGAUGCAUCACCAGGUAAGCGCCGGCGCAUUGACCUGGCUGGUUCCCAAGCUCUGACAUAUCCCACCAGCAACCCUGAGUCAAAGAACUUGAAAAUCCCGUUUUACAACCAACCGAACUUGGACCUGGUAAGUAUCUUCAGCUGCGUGGCGCCAUUUCGAGAUCGGUUGCGCGAAGCUGGCGGUCUCACAGCUCGCGAAUAUACUCGACUGCGUAUGACUUGUCGCACAGUUGCAGAGCAAUGGAGGCCGUUCCCUUAUGGUUCACUGGAAGCUGACCCGAGAGACUCGUAUUUUGCAGGACUGAAGCCGAUCAAAUGCGAAGAAGUGGGCUGUUUUCGAGACUCCAGCUCGGUCGCCAUCCGUCGCUGCCACGGUAGGUACCAUCCGAUGGCGGGCAUCUUCUCCGGCUGCAACAAGUCCAUCUGCUUGCAAUGCGUGUGGAAGGCCCAACAAGAACAUGUCCAUCGCAAAGCCAAACCCACCGAGAUGCACUAUUGCCGUCCAUGCAGUCAGGAUAUUAGGCAUGAUAACCCUCACGGUCUCCCCCAGUGUCAGUGCGUCUUCACCAUCGACGAGAGCAUCAGCAAUCAGGACCAUUCGGAAUGGCAGUGUAUGGGAUGCCGAUCUGCCUUCUAUCGUCUCCUGGAGAUGAAAGCACGCCACAACCUCAAACACCUGGAAGCGGAAGGACGUGUGCUACCCCGUGACUUUCGAAUCCACCAGGACAGCCCCGGCCUGGAGCGCUGGAUCGCCAAACCUGGCAUGAACAGAAACAAUUGCCCAUGUUGCGGCCGCUGGUAUCGUCGAAUUCUUGACAGCUAUCCGAGAAUAGCACAGUCGAAUUGCCGCUUCCCGCCGCCUUCCAUGUUGCGACGAUGUAUGGUGUGUCUCAAUCAACGUAGGUGA